UGAAACUCAAAAACGUAUCAAUGUGGCAACACUGACGACAGUUGUCAUGCCAUUUACAUACACACAUCGUCCAACCGCUAAAGUGCAUCAAGGUGCAUCAAGCCACUAUGCUAUACGAGAUCAACGAUAAAAUCGGCGCGAUUUCUGACAGCUGACAGCGGAAUGACAUACCGAUGAUGCCAGACGACGUGCCACUCUAACUCCCGAGCUAAAGGCUAAAUUCGAGCAGAGAUGCAAGGCAUUUGCGAGAAUAUUCGCACGGCAAUCGAACACGGACGUACUGACAUUAUCAGGUCGCUCUUGGACGCGUGUGAAAAUGGUAAUGCGGCAGAAGGAAUUACGAGAGAUAAGAUACUAAACCAACCGUUCUUGGAGGAAGGAACUCUUUUAUCAUACGCCUCACAGACGAAUCAAGCGGAUAUUGUGAGAACUCUUUUAAAUUGCGGCGCUGAUCCAGCUGUGCAAAAUGCGAAUGGGCACAAUGCUGUUGAUGUUGCCUCCAGCGAUGCGAUACGACAUAUUUAUAUGGAAGAAUUGUUAAGAGCGACAGCUGCUUCUGAGGUGGACAGAGUAAUACAGUUGUUAGAUGCAGGAUUAGAUGUUAAUUCAUGGGAUUCACAAGGUAGUAAGAACACACCAUUACAUUGGGCAGCAUGUUAUGGAAACAAAGAUAUAAUUGCGUGUUUACUUGAUAAAGGAGCUGACGUAAAUGCAGAGAAUGGUUGUGGUGCAACGCCAUUGCAUGACGCAGUGAAUCGUGGCGACAUCGCUAUCUGUCAGGAACUCUUGCAAGCUGGUGCAAAUCCUCUCAUACGAGCUACCAAGGGGACUUUUGCAGGGAAAACACCAUAUGAUCUAUCCAGAAAAAAACAAUCCUUGCAUUGUUUCCUUCAAAGAUUUAUAUCAAAUUUUAUGUUGAACGAAAACGAAACAAUGCAUAGUCCUGCUACAUCAUUCGCGGAGACAAAUUUUUGUCAAAAGAGUCUUUCGAGCAAUAUGAGCCAACUAUCGGUUGAAUCUAAUAAAUCCUCAGAUCCAGUGUACGAUCUGCCUUCACGUGACACAGGCAAACAAAGUCCUAGCAAAUCUAUCGCCGAUAAGGAAAGCAUUUACAACUUGUUAUGGCCACAGCCGAAAGUUGUGGUUGAAUUGAAAAAUUUUACCGCACCAUUUAUUGCCGGAAAGGAGCUUCUUAUAUCAAUAAUACAGGGCAGUGAAUCUGUACAUAGGAUAUUAGACGUAUGGGAGAUCAGUAGAACUCAUUUAUUGGAAUUAGGCCAUGACGUAAAAAUUGGCGAAGUACAGCCCAGUUGCGGCAAACUACUCAACGACAAUACUAUAGAAUGUAUCGUGAAUAGGAACUUAUUUAAUAACACGGAUGGCUAUCAAUUGCAUAUUACACAAAAUUCCAUCAAAGUCAACGCUGGGAGCUUAACAGGAUUGCAUUACGCAGUCUGCACAUUUGUACAGAUACUACGUCUAAGUAAGAACAAAAGCAGAUCAGAGGUGUGCGAAAUAGAGCCUGUCUUUAUAAAAGAUGAGCCUAGAUUCGCGCAUCGCGCUGUAUUGUUGGAUAUAUCGCCUAGAGGACGUAUACCAACUCUAGAAUAUCUGUUACAUACUAUUGAUCUGCUGUCAUCAUUUAAGAUCUCGCAUUUGCAUCUUUACUCCAGACUUAUACCGAAUUGCGACUGGCAGCUUUGCUACUCGAAAUCCGAGAUGGUAACUCUGGAUAGAUACUGCAGAGAUCGUCAUAUGGAUAUUGUUCCUACGUUAGAUGUCGAUUCCAGCGUUGGUCAACAUCACCUGGUACAAAUGUGGCCUAUAUUUCAAGAAAUACUCGCAGUAUUUCCAAGUUUAAGUUACGUGCACAUCGGUCCGCGAUUAGCCAGUUUAUUAGUGCAAGCUGAAAACUUUAAUUUAAAUGCGUCCGUCAACGAUACGAUUGAAACGGACAUGUCAGAAGUAUUCAAACCCUACUCGUGCCUUCAAGAACUCUGGCAUAUUCUCAAUCUGAGCUCAAGUACGACUCUACUGCUCUGCUCCAAUGGUCUACAUUCCAAAUCUGAAUUUCACUCUAUUCCUACUAAUAUCAUAUUUGUUGAAUAUGGAUUUCAGGCUGAUUAUGAUUUUUCCGAAUGGACGGAAGCAUUUAGAAUGGCAGGCGGAAAUGUUUUACCAAGUUCCGGCACAGCUAGUUACAAUAGUUUAGCUGGCUGUCCGGCAUCGACGUAUGCUAACACGAAAAACGCAAUAAAAACCUCUCUGGAGCAGAAUUCAAUCGGAAUCGUUGUUGCGCACUGGUCGGGGAGCCAUCAUCUUACACCGCAUCCUUUUGCGUGGAUUGGAUACUUAGUGGCGGCUGGCUUGUCUUGGAACCCAGCGACGGAAAUAGAUUUAGGUCCUGAUUACAAUUACGACAUGCCUGAAUCGCCUGCAUCAGUCAGAGAAAAAUGUAUCACAAAAUUAUUGGACAUACAUGUUUUUCAAGACUUGGAGUAUAAAAUCGGCAGUGCGCUAUUAGAAUUGGGACGUUUAGACACGUUGGUAUUAACAAUGAGCAAGAAUCAAGCAGUCAAAGACCUGCAGCAAAUACCGGACAAUCGUGGCUCCACAUUGUAUAGAUUAUUAACUGAUCCGGAUAAUGUGAAUUUGGAGUAUCUGUCGACUGAUCUCUUUGCUAAAAUGACGAAGAUGAUUAAACGAAUAUCCCAUUCCUUAUACGAGGCGAAUUUGUCCUCGAAGUUUGCCGCAAUGGAGAUACAGGAAUUGCAGUUAACUUUGGAUUUGAUGUUGACUGCCUGCAAGAUCGGCAGAACGUUGAUUGGCGUCGGCGUAAAUCCAAAUAGCAAUAUGGGGCUUGCGGUUAUCAAUUUAGGAGUAUGCAAUUUGCCGCCCACUUUUAGAACCGACAUAGCGAAUAAGAUGUUGGCUCACAUAGAGCAAUAUAAAGGGGCCUGGUUGCAAAGACAUUUGCCACAAGGCCUCCAAAGCUCUUUGUUAAUCAUGACUAGCGCGUUACAUAGAUUCCACCAACAAACAUAAUCUUUUUUUUUAAUUAUAUGAAGCAUACUAGAGAACUUGACUGUGUAAAAGAUUUUUGCAUAAAGCCUUUUCGGCUUGUUUGAGAUGUUAAUCAACAAAAAAGACUACAAUGCGCAGAUACAUACGAAAAGUAAAAUAUGUAAUACAUGCAGGAUUUUUAAGUGAAUUUAAAGAGCGAUCUUGUCAAAAGCAAUAUGUAUAUAAAUAUAUAUACCUUUAUAUAAUAUUGUACUGAUUACAACUGUAUAUUGUAAUAUCGUUUCUGCCAUUUGCGAAAGAUCUGGUUUCAAAGAAUAUUCCAAGGAGUUUCAUGACGAAAACAUUUUUAUUUAUGUUCACAGAUCAUAAUUAUAAAAACAUAUUCAUUAAAUACAGAGAUUUUCAUUAA